GUCACAAGGGAGAGCCGACGGACGGGAGAUGGAAAGAUGCAAGAACCGGGGAAGACCAGAGACGAGUGAUAACAACUGAGAGAUGACUGCGCCAAAAAGGGCACAAAAAUAUGAAACCUUAACAAGCAGCGUCAACAUGAUGUGUCGUUCAGUGUGCCAUUUUCACGUCGACCCGACCUCGUGCAGUAACACAUGAAAAGCAUUCCCGACAAAGUGUGAGUUGGAACUUAGGGCUUAGUGCAAUGUCAUCUCCCGGAAUGGGCACCCCGAGCGACCCCUUGUUGUCCAGUCCUGCAGGGGGGAAGUUUGGCACCGCCCAGGAUGGCACCUGGAGACCAACGCUGUCCAAGACGUCUAGCUUCCCAUCGUCCACAACACGGCACCUCAGUCACAGAGCAAACAACUUCCAGAGGCACCCCAAACGAAGGAAACUGAUUGGACCGUCUCCGCCUCCACCUCCGAACACCCCGUGCCCUCUGGAACAGCUGGACUUGAGCGAGCUGCCUCCGAGACGCACGUUCCAUGAGCUUCUCUUCAAUGGAUGCGUUCUGUUUGGUAUUGAGUUCAGUUACGCUAUGGAGACGGCGUACGUCACACCUGUACUUCUACAGAUGGGGCUGCCCGAUCAGUUCUACAGUCUUGUAUGGUUUAUCAGUCCAAUUUUAGGAUUUUUGCUGCAGCCUUUCCUUGGAGCCUGGAGCGAUCGAUGUACGUCUCGUUUUGGACGCAGGAGACCUUUUAUUUUCGCUUUGGCGAUAGGAGCUCUGUUGGGUCUCACGCUGGUACUGAACGGUCGGGAUAUUGGAUCAGCUGUGGCGGACACCACCAUUGAUCACAAGUGGGGCAUCGUGCUGACGGUGUGUGGCGUGGUUUUGAUGGACUUCAGUGCCGACUCGGCUGAUAACCCCAGUCAUGCGUACAUGAUGGAUGUGUGUAGCCCGGAGGACCAGGACAGAGGACUGAACAUACACGCCCUUCUGGCAGGUCUUGGAGGCGGGUUCGGCUACAUCGUGGGCGGCAUUAACUGGGACCAAACCGAGUUCGGAAAGUCAAUGGGCGGUCAGCUCCGCGUCAUAUACCUGUUCACCAGCGUCACCCUCGUCGCCGCCACAGCUAUGACCCUCACAAGUAUUCCUGAGCGACCUCUACCGCAAUCUCAGUCUCAAACGAGAAACAAUCAAAAUCUCAAGAGCCCAAAUCUCCCCCUGCCACCGUCUCCGCCCCCGCCUCCCGGAGCAGCUACAAACCCGGACAAUGAAGAUGAAGAGGACGCACUAUACAGCAGCCAGUUCUCCAGUCGCUGCUACCAGGAUCCAUUAGGCCGUUCGAGCAGUGCCAACGCACGGCUCUAUGCCGGCCUCAGCAGCCCCAUCUCCCCCCUGAGUCCUCUCACCCCCAAAUACGGCAGUUUCAUCAGCCGAGACAACUCGCUCACGGGUAUCAACGAGUUCGCUUCCAGCUUUGGCACCUCUUAUAUAGACAGAGUAUUGAUUGAAUGCUACACUGGACAGCAGACUCCUCUGCCUUUAGAAUCGGACGUAAUGGCUCCGCCUCUGCCGCCAGGGGAAAUGCCUCCACCUCAAGGGCCCCAAUCAAGUGAAACGCCUGGCACGAAUGAACCAGUUCAGCAAAACAAACUCUCACAGCCUAAUGGAGAGUUGUUUGCAACAGAGGAGUUGCAAGUUAAUGAGCAGAAACAAGCCAUUGAACCUGCGGAGCAGUGUAAUGAAGUCCUGCAGGGUGCCUCGGGGUCACAUCGAGGAAGUACCUCAGGGAUACUGAAACGCCCUCAGAGUCUGGCCUUAAUGGAAGACCCGCUUAUCGGCCCAAGCGGUGGGCUGGAUAACGGCCGUAGACGCACUGUCACCUUCAGUCAACAGGUGGCAAAUAUAUUGCUGAACGGGUUGAGAUAUGACAGUGAUCUCAGUGGCAUUACAGAGAGAGCAGACAGUCAGAUGUCAAUAAAGCUGCUCUGUACUGCCAUCUACAGGAUGCCUCCGUGUUUACGAAGCCUGUGCACCAACCAUUUUCUGGGUUGGUUAUCAUUCGAGGGGAUGUUGCUCUUCUACACUGACUUCAUGGGUGAAGUGGUAUUUGGUGGCGACCCAAAGGCCCCCCACGAUUCUGAGGCGUACGAGCGCUACAACGCAGGCGUCAGUAUGGGCUGCUGGGGCAUGUGCAUCUAUGCAUUCAGUGCUGCGUUUUAUUCAGCCAUUCUUGAGAAGCUGGAGGAGAGAUUCUCUCUGCGUUCUUUGUAUUUUUUCGCCUACCUUGCCUUUGGAUUGGGCACAGGACUGGCCACGCUCUCCACCAACCUGUAUGUGGUGCUGUCUCUGUGUGUGACGUACGGAGUCCUCUUCUCUUCUCUGUGCACGCUGCCUUACUCUCUGCUCUGUGAAUACUACCAGAGCCCUCAGUUCUGUGGUUCAUCCGAGAAUGGGACCCGGCGCGGCAUGGGGGUGGACAUCUCCCUGCUCAGCUGCCAGUACUUCCUGGCACAGAUCUUGGUUUCCGUGGCGAUGGGCCCGUUGACAUCGCUGGUGGGUGGGGCCCAGGGCGUGAUGUACUUUUCGAGUCUGAUGUCGUUUGUGGGCUGCCUGUAUUCCUCACUGUGUGUGGUGUACCAGGUGCCACCGCCCGAGGGUGAGCCUCCCCUGAGCGAGACCCAACCGCUACUGGUGCACAUUUAGAUUGGUUCUCUCACACUGUACACGUAGGGUCCAAAAUGAACACACGGCAAGUAAAAUCAAAUAAAACAACUUUUUUAUGAGUUAAACAUGGCAAGGGUUCAAUAAAUAAAUAAUUAAAAUGGAGACAUUGGGAGUCUAAAUUAAAGAUCAACCACUAUCAUGCAUCUUUAAACAACUUUUACUUCAGUAGAAAAUUUGUUUAUAUGAAGUUCAUAGGAAGCCAAACAAAAUCUUUUUUUCACUAAAACAUUUCACCCGAGCGAAAUUGAUCAGAUACAAAAUCAAAUUUUUGGAUGACGUUCGGCCAGACUCACUCAAAUGAAACAUGAUGCCUGUUUUGACACAAAUAUGGGUCUGCAAUCUAUGAAAUAAUUUCUUAACAUUUUUUCGUUUUCCCCGUCAGGCGUAUUUUAAAAGAAACUUGUCAAAACCUCUCUCAUAACCACCCGUUUGCUGGUGUUUCGGAGUAAAUUUUGGACCCUGUGCACAAACAAACAGUUGAGUUUUUGCGCUUGCUUCAGAUUUCCCCUUCUUACUCGACACACGUACGCAGUACUGGAGAUGUGAGAGAGGCUAAAACAGCUGCAAUCUGCGACUAUGCAUCCCAGUCUCAAUGUUAGCAUGCUGCAACGACGACUGCAUGACUGCGAGCUUGUGGCGCGCCGAAAGAGACGUGUUUGUGUACACGUGACACCUGAAUAAUUUCAUCCGGCUUGUACAACAUAUGUGAUAUGUUUUUUACUGUCACUUCCUCGUAACGGAGGAAUCUAAAACUGUUUUUAGCUCUCAACGUGUCUUUUUGGUCAGCUACUUGUUCAAUUUCAAUGCUUUUAAUAAAAGUGAACCCCUCUCACAUAUCCAAAACAAAUGUACGCUUUGUUCUUGUCCAAAUGUCUACGAUGUUUGUUUGCAUGGAAAGCCGCAUUGAAGCCUUAUGUAGGCCUCUGUUUCAAACUGGAUGACAGUAAAACAGAGAACGUGUGUGUGUCUAUUGGUUCCUCGGUUUGCACUUACUCUUUUUACAGAAUACUACAUACACGCACAAACCCAGCCACACUAUGAAUACGAAGAUCUCCGCAUGUUUGCCAUAAUGCAACAUGGCUCGUAGCUUGACACCAGUGGACGCUCCAAUGACAUAUUUAUAAGAAAACCAUAAAUGCCACAUUUAUGCCUUACUGAGCCAUGUCAUGGACCGCACGCUGUCAUGCCUGCUUCCCUGUGGUCUGGCAGAAUGGUUGUAAUGACAGUCAUUCUUGU